AUGAAAAAGUUGAGAAAAAUCAAAAAAGAUCAUCGACGACCAAUUGAGGAUGUUCCAUUCUACAAAAUUAAACAUGGAAUUGAUGAUUUACCACUUGAUCCAUUCAGAGAAUUUUUGAAUGAGGAAAUAAACAAAAUCAAACAAUCGAAAUCUGAAGAAUUCAUUCAUGAUUUUGAUUUGUAUAUUGCACCCAAAGGCGAUGGACUAUUGAGCACAGCAGUCGGUUUUCAACUCCCAAAUAUUUUUCAAGAAGCCUUUCCAAAUUAUAUUCGAAAAGACUUUCCAGAUGCAUUGACAUCGACACAAAAGCGUAGCUAUGAAGUUACAAAAAAUCUCAUUUCGAUUUACAAAAACAAGCGGAUGCAAAUUUUUCAUAAUAUCAUCAAAACAAGGAAGUCUCUGUGCACAAAAGAAUUUUUUCGUAUUUAUUUGAGUCCAACUGAUGCUACUGUUAAUAAAAAGUCUUUACAUGCUCGAAAAUAUAAAACAAAAUUUCAUAAAAGCUUCGAAAAACAAAAGCCUUUGAAUUAUCAAAUGGAAUAUGAGAGAUUACGAGGACUACGAGAAUCGGAAGAAGAACUUGCCAAAGUACAAGCAUAUAUUGACAAGAUGAUUGCGAGAAACAUGAAGAAAAUGGAGGAUGAGAAGAAAAGACGUCAGAUGGCACAGAAACCCAAAGAGUGUCAUUAUUCGACCUUACAGGAAUUGUCGAAUCAGCCACGUUCAACGGAGCAAGCACCAAAAAAACGUAAGAAAGUUAUAAGUAAUGAGGAAUUCUUGAAACGUUUAAAGGCGAAGGAUCGUGAACAAUCAAAAUAUUUACAAGCCCUUCUACCCACACAUCCAGAUGAGCAGAAAAUAAAAAUUGUGCAAGAUUAUGUCGAACGAAACAACGAGGCAUCAAUCCUAUUUGACAAUAAUAUGCGUCAACGCUUAUUGAACGUUUUCGAUUUGAUAUCUGUGAACUUAAUUGAAACAUAUCCGUCAAAAUAUUUCAAAAAAAUCAUCGAACGCAUUGAUGAUCGUAAUCCGUUGUGGAAGCACAUUCAUAAAUUUAUAGUGAAUGAAGAAAAGUUAUGGCCUGAAAUAAAAUUGGAAGUAAUGUUGAUGGAUUUUCUUUAUAAUCCCGAGAAUAAAAUUCGCCGUGAAGUUGCUGUUAUGAUAAUAUGUCUGCUGAUGGAUUUACAAGAGGAUUUUCGCUACAGUAUGAAGCGUAGUUUUAUGCGUUGCAUUUUACAAUCCGUUACAGAACGGAAACGUUUACAGCUUGAAUUGGAACCACCUGAAUUUCCUAUUGUAACGAUUAAAGCACCCGUUCCAUGGAAGUGCACAGUUCAAGUGGCAAAAAAUCGCUUAGAAGAAGUGUUGAUGGUGAAUCAUCCCUUACUGCAGGCAAUACAAAUGCUAUGGUACAAUUUAUAUCACGACUUGCUCAUUGUGGAUACUGCCAAGUUUUAUAAAUGUGAAAUCCCAUAUCAUGCGGAAAACAUUACUGAGAUUAUCAACAGCUGUUGCAAAAUAACUAGAGAUAUAUUAGUGAACGACUGGAUGCCAAGAAUUGCUGACUUGGUCGAAGCAAUGCGAGAUUAUUGGCGUGAUUUAGUUCCAAUGAACUCUCCGCAUGGUGGACGUGCACAGAUUUUAUUCAACUGUAUUCAUGCCUUAUUGUCAUUGCAUCUACAAGGACUGAUAAAACGAAGCCUUGAUCAUUUAGCUGAAACAAUUGAAGUCUAUAAGGAUGGCAAUUUAUUGCACGUUUACAAUCCUAAAAGUAGAAAAUUAAAGAGACGGCCUUUUAUGACUCUUAUUGUAUCGGUAGUUGGAAAGCAUGAAGAGGAAUGUGACGAAACAUCCGAAAAAGAUUCUGCUUUAUAUCAAAUUGAAGAAGACGAUCCAAAUAUUCUCUCGAUGGAACUAAAAUCCGAAAAGCCGAUUAUGGAAGAACGGUCUGCAUCAUUUAUCAUGAACAACAGUGGUAAAAUGAUUAUUGAACCAUAUAUGGAGGAAUUGCCGGAUUUGUUCAAAAGCUAUUUUGUGAAAAUCCUAAAAGUCGGUUACAAAAUUCCUCGGCUUGAAUUUUAUAUGACACAACGAAAGGACUUGCUGGGCUACUUACACUACAUUCAUGAAGAUCACGUUGACAUGAUAAAGCUUUAUGAUAAAAUCAAGAAAAUUGUUCAACGUAACCAAACGGGACCAACAACUUACUUGUAUCCAAUGUAUCGAUUUUAUUUUCCUAUUCUUGCCAACAAGAUGAAGCAUAUUACGGAAUCAAUAUUUUCGCUUAGAGAGAUUCCAUCAUUACAGAUAUUCAAGGAACUGAUGGAAAAAUUUAAUCAACUGUUACAUGGAAUUUAUUAUCUGCGUGAUUUCAUUCCACUGAACUUAUUUAUGUUGGAUAAUCGUAUCGUAAAUCGGGUUCUUGAGAAGCUCGUACGUGAUUUGAAGAAUUUUGUCACAAACUAUUUUACGACAUUGAAUCAAGUGGAAAAUCGUCGAAUGUGUGAUGAAUUUGAAGAAAUGUCAAUUACGUCUGGCGAACGUCCGAGUGAAACGCCUGAAGUUGUAGCAUUACAAAAUUAUCUUGUGGUUUGUCGUGAGGAGAAGCUGUUCCGUUUAAAAAAGGAAGAUAUAAAUCUUAAUUCACGGUUAUUUUUGUGGCCAAGUGAAUUGGAAAAAGUAUUGGAUUUGUCUGGAGCCCGUUUGGCGGUUGUAAGAGAAAACUUGGAAACAGCACUGAAAGAACGUCGUGGGCAAUUUGAGCAGUAUAUGCUGAUGGAGAAAAAGAAAAUGGAUUCAUUUCGUUUACGUGAUGUUCGCGAAGUACUUUCACUGGAUGACUUGAAGGAAAAGGUUACGACUGUCGAUGCAUUGAUGGAUACACUUGAGAAAUGCAACAGAGAAGCAAAGGCAAUUAACAUUGACGAGAAUCUCCUACAAAUUGAUCAAUCAUUCUUUCCAAUGUUGGGUGAAAUGAUUGAAAAAAUGAAACCUGUCGAAGAGUUAUGGCACACAGCCUAUCAUUUUGAAUCAUGCUAUGAGGUUUGGUAUUAUGGGAAAUAUGUUGGUCUCAAUUCCGAUAAUAUUCGUGUUGAAGUCGAUGAAAUGACAAAGACAAUUUACAAACUCACGAAGGCAUUAACAACAAAUCCGUUUGCCAAACGUAUUGCAGAGCAGAUUCGUUUGAAAAUUGACAAAUUUCGUGUUUAUAUUCCGAUUUUGGAAUCGAUUUGUCGUCAAGGUUUAGUCGAUAGACAUUGGGAAAUGAUUUCUCAAGAGCUUGGCGAAAAUGUUAAUCCAAAAGCAUAUCCAUCUUUAAGUACUAUGGUUGAUCUCGACAUUGUAAAAAUUCAAGAUAAACUUGAAGAAAUUUCCAAUGCUGCAGGCAAAGAAUAUGACCUAAAUUUGCAACUUAUAAAUAUGCAAGACGAAUGGAAGGAUAUGACAUUUGAUGUGACCAGAUAUCGUGACUCUGAAGUUUACAUCUUGGCAAGUCUUGACGAUGUUCAAGCAUUACUCGAUGACCACAUUUUAAAAGCACAAGCUAUGCGUGGUUCCCCUUACAUUGUCGCGCUCGGAAAACGUGCUGAAGACUGGGAACAAAAAUUAAUUUCAAUGCAAGACAUUCUCGACGUUUGGUUGCGUGUUCAAUCAACAUGGAUGUAUUUAGAGCCAAUUUUUGGUUCCGAGGAUAUUUUACGUCAAAUGCCAACAGAGGGUAGAAACUUUAAGAAAGUCGAUAGAAUGUUUAGAAAGAUUAUGGAGCAUACAGUUUACGAUUCACAUGUGAUACAAACAACAGAUUAUCCUGAUAUGCUACAGCAACUCCGAUCUGGCUUUGAAGAGCUCGAAGGAAUUCAAAAAGGCUUGAAUAUGUAUUUGGAAAAGAAGCGAUUAUUUUUUGCAAGAUUCUUUUUCUUGUCGAAUGAUGAGCUCCUUGAAAUUCUGGCAGAAACAAAAGAUCCAUCACGUGUUCAGCCACACCUUAAAAAAUGUUUUGAGGGGAUUAAUGCACUCACUUUUGACAACAAUGGUGAUAUUAUAGCCAUUAUAUCAGCCGAAGGUGAAGUAGUUAACCUCACAAGAAAAAUCAAUCCUGCUUCAGCAAAUGGUCUUGUCGAGAAAUGGCUAAAGGAUGUUGAGUCCAUAAUGAUUGAAAGUAUUAAGGAAUUGGUAUUUAAAGCAUGUGAAACAUACUUUUUGGAUCUACGUAAUGAGUGGGUAUUGAAAUGGCCAGGACAAGUUGUGUCUUGUGUAACAUGCAUGAGUUGGACACAAGAAGCAGAACUAGCAAUUAAGGAUGAUACGAAGGAAGAUUUCCUUCAUAAAUGCAACGACCAAAUUCUCGAUCUUGUCAGUUUAAUCCGUGGAGAAUUAGAAAGAGGCGAGCAAUAUACAAUUGAAGCACUUAUCGUUUUAGACGUGCAUGCACGCGAUAUUGUCAGUCUAUUAAUAACCGAAAAUGUACAAGACAAUAAUGAGUUCAAUUGGAUAUCACAAUUGCGUUAUUACUGGCGCACAAGUCCUGAAAAGCAAGGUUAUGUCUCCGUGUGUAUGGUAACAACUGACGUUGAAUAUGGAAUGGAAUAUUUGGGAAACACAUCAAGAUUAGUAAUUACACCGUUAACUGAUCGUUGUUUUAGAACAUUGAUGGGAGCCAUAAAACUGAAUCUAGGUGGUGCCCCCGAAGGACCCGCUGGCACAGGAAAAACAGAAACAUGCAAGGAUCUCGCAAAGGCUGUCGCGAAAAAAUGUGUCGUAUUUAAUUGUAGUGAUGGCUUGGACUAUAAAGCACUUGGGAAGUUCUUUAAAGGAUUGGCACAAUCUGGAUCGUGGGCAUGUUUUGAUGAGUUUAACAGAAUCGAGCUUGAAGUCUUGUCAGUUGUUGCACAACAGAUUUUGACUAUACAGCGUGCAAUUCAAAAGGAAGCUGCAAAAUUUGUGUUUGAAGACACAACACUCAAAUUAGAUCCGACAUGUAACAUUUUCAUUACAAUGAAUCCUGGUUACGCUGGUAGAACUGAACUGCCAGAUAAUUUGAAAGUUCUAUUCCGAACAUGUGCUAUGAUGGUUCCUGAUUACGCGAUGAUUGGUGAAAUAACGCUAUACUCCAAUGGAUUUGAUAAUGCGAGAAUAUUAGCACAGAAAAUUGUCUACACAUACAAGCUAUGUUCAGAGCAAUUAUCGUCUCAGCAUCACUAUGACUAUGGCAUGCGUGCGGUUAAAUCUGUUUUACUUGCAUCAGCUGCAUUACGACGCGAACAUCCUCACUUGCCAGAGGAACAAAUUGUUUUACGAGCAAUUAUUGAUGUUAAUUUACCAAAAUUCCUCCAACAAGACAUCCCAUUAUUUGAAGGCAUUUAUAAAGAUCUUUUCCCUGGUGUUAUGAUUCCUGAGCCAGCACGCGACGACCUUAAUAGAUUCCUACAAAUUAAGAUUGAGGAGAAACGUUUACAAAACACGCCCUGGUUUGUCGAGAAGGUCUUACAAAUCUACGAAAUGAUUCUCGUCCGGCACGGUCUCAUGGUGGUCGGUGAUUCAAUGGGUGGAAAAACCACAGCAUAUCAAUUACUGGCAGAAGUAUUAAAGGAGGUACGGAAUGACACGAAAGCACAAUUGAAGGAAUUUGCAGUAAAUUAUCGCAUCAUCAAUCCCAAAGCAAUUUCAAUGGCACAGCUGUAUGGUAGCUUCGAUCCCGUCACGCACGAAUGGUCAGAUGGUGUUAUUGCAACAACAUUUCGUGAUAUGGUUUAUUCAAAUACAAACGAGAGACAAUGGAUUGUUUUUGAUGGACCUGUUGAUGCUGUAUGGAUAGAGAAUUUAAAUACUGUACUAGAUGACAACAAGAAGCUCUGUCUUAUGUCCGGAGAAAUUAUUCAAAUGACAAGUAAUAUGAAUCUGUUGUUCGAGCCAGUCGAUCUUGAGCAAGCAUCACCGGCGACAGUGUCACGUUGUGGAAUGAUUUAUAUGGAACCAGCACAACUGGGAUGGGAAGCUUUACAUAAGACCUUCAUGUUACAGUUACAAGAUAAAGGACUGACGAUAAACUACACAAUUCUUUAUGAUAGUCUUGUCGAAUGGCUUAUACCGAUAACGAUAGAGACACUGAAAUCAUGUCAGCAUGUCAUUCCACUUUCAUCAAUGCACAUGUACCGAAUGUUGUCGACAUUUUUCAUGAAUUUUCUAUCAAAGCAUCACAACUAUAAUCAAAUGUGGUUCCAACAAACUUUCCUUUUCUGCUAUGCAUGGGCGUACGGUUCACAUCUUACAAUUGAGGGACGCAAGUACAUGGAAGCAGUUUUAAGGAAAAUUCUUUACGGAGGAAAUGAAAAUUUACCAAAACCCAAAAGCUUCUCAUUAAAUCGUGGUCAAAUGUUUCCGGAAAAAUUAUCUUAUAUGGACUAUCGAUUUGAUGAAAAUGAAACGUGGUGGCCCUGGCUUAAAUCGGAAGAAUAUCAAUUUCCACCAGAUGCGUCUGUAUCUGAAAUUAUGGUACCGACAAAAGAGAACACUUGUAUUUCAUAUUGGGCUAAUCAUUGUGUACAGCAUGAAAUUCCAUUGCUUCUUGUUGGACCAACUGGAACCGGAAAAUCUGUAACAAUAUUAAAUUUCCUUAAAGACCUACCAAAGGAAAAGUAUAUAAUGAAUGCAAUGAAUUUCUCGGCGAGAACAUCAGCACAUCAAGUACAAGAUCAAAUCAUGUCGAAAUUAGAUAGACGUCGUAAAGGUGUUUUCGGACCGCCCGCAUUAAAACACUGCAUCAACUUCAUUGAUGAUUUAGCAAUGCCUGCACGUGAUGCUUAUGGAUCACAAGGGCCUCUUGAACUCAUUCGACAAUUGUUAGAUCAUGGACAUUGGUCUGAUUUAAUUGAUACAAGCAAUAUUGAACUUAUCGAUUUACUCUUUAUGGGUGCAAUGGGUUUGCCUGGUGGCAGUAAUUACACACCGAAACGACUUUAUCGACACAUGUUCUGUUUGGCUGUCGACUCAUUUGAAGAGAGUACAUUAUUAAGGAUAUUCACAUCGAUAGGUGAAUGGCAUUUUGCUAAAGGAUAUGUAGAGACCGUAUCAAGAUUGGCAAGAAAUUUGGCUGCAGCAAUUAUAGAUGUUUAUAAAGGAGCAACGAAAAUUUAUUUACCAACACCAACAAAAAGUCAUUACAUUUUCUCAUUACGUGACGUAACAAGAGUUUAUCAGGGUAUUGUAAUGGUUCCAUCUAAGAAAUUGGCAGAUCAAGAGAAGCUGGGACGAUUGUGGACACAUGAAAUUUAUCGUGUAUUUUAUGAUCGCUUAGUUGACGCAAAAGACCGUGAAAAACUUUUAUCGCUGGUCGACGCAUCAUGUAACAAUAAUUUACGCUUCAAAUUGGAACAAGCAUUUGGUAAUCGUGUAUUAACCGGCGAGAAAGUCAGUGAGAAGCACAUCAGAGAUUUACUAUUUGGAAAUUAUAUGGAACCAGAUGCAGAUCCAAAGAUAUAUGACGAAGUAGAAAAUUGGCCUAAACUCGAGAAAAACAUGACAUAUUAUCUCAAUGAAUAUAAUACACUCUCCAAUUCCCCCAUGGAUCUUGUACUAUUUCGUUUUGCAAUUGAACAUAUAUCUCGUGUAAGUCGAGUAUUACAAAUGCAACGCGGACACAUAAUGCUUGUGGGCUUGGGAGGUUCCGGUCGUAAAUCUGCAGUAAAAUUAGCAGCAAGUAUAUGUGAUGCUCAUCUAUUUGAAAUAGAAGUAACGAAAACAUAUGGAGUAAAUGAAUGGCGAGAAGACAUGAAAAAAAUGCUGACACAAGCUGGAAUCGAUUCAAAACCAAUAGUUUUCCUAUUUGGUGAUUCACAAGCCAAAGAGGAGGCCUUCAUUGAGGAUAUAAAUUCCUUGUUGAAUACUGGUGAUUUGCCCAAUUUAUUCCAAUCAGAAGAGAAAGCAACAAUUUUGGAAAAAAUGCAAGCAGUUGCAAAAGCCUCGGGAAGAGUGAUUGAAACAACACCUCUUGCCAUGUACGGAAUGUUUAUUGAACGUGUCCGGGAAUCACUUCAUGUUGCAUUGGCAUUCUCUCCAAUUGGAGAUUCAUUUAAAAAGAGAAUUCGAAUUUUUCCAUCACUUGUUAAUUGCUGUACAAUUAACUGGUAUACAACGUGGCCUGAAGAUGCAUUACAAAAAGUUGCAGAAUAUUUUGUUAAAUCUAUGAACCUGCCAGGAAGUGAAGAUACACUUUCAAUAUCAUCCAUCGGUACGACAGCGAGUGAUGAAGAUGGUAAGACUAAGGAACGCAAAUUGGGAAUAUUAGAAACAAAACUCGUUGAGAUGGUGAUGAUAUUUAAUACAAGUGUCGUGGAAGCAAGUGACAAAUUUUAUCGUGAAUUUAGCCGCAAGAAUUAUGUAACACCCACGUCAUAUCUCGAGAUGCUAAGAUCCUUUAAGAUUUUAUAUAAGCAAACAUUUCACAACAUUACAAUGCAGAGAGAUCGAUACACGACUGGAUUAGAAAAGCUUGAAUUUGCAGCAAGUCAAGUGACAGUCAUGCAGAAAAAACUUCAAGAUCUCCAACCGCAAUUAAAAGAGACUUCAGAUGAGACUGAGAAAAUUAUGGUAAAAAUAGAACGUGAUACAGCAGAAGCUGAAAAGAAAAAGGAAGUGGUUGGUGCUGAUGAAUCUGCUGCAAAUGAAGCUGCUGCUGCUGCACAAGCAAUUCGUGAUGAUUGUGAAAGUGAUUUAGCAGAAGCGGUUCCAGCAUUAGAGAGUGCUUUGUUGGCAUUGGAUACAUUAAAGCCUCCAGACAUAACUGUUGUAAAAUCAAUGAAAAAUCCACCAGCAGCGAUUAAAUUGGUUUUAGAAGCUGUAUGUGUUUUAAAGGGAUUAAAGCCUGACAGGAAACCUGAUGCAAUGGGUCGAUUGAUUGAUGAUUAUUGGGCAGCAUCACAAAAAAUGCUCGGCGAUAUGAAGUUCUUGGAAAGCCUUCGACAAUUCGAUAAAGACAACAUCCCCAUACCAAUAAUGAAAAAAAUUCGCGAAGUUUACAUUUCCGAUCGAGAUUUUGUACCGGAAAAAAUCAAAACUGUAUCAACAGCAUGUGAAGGAUUAUGUCGAUGGAUUAGAGCUAUGGAUGUUUACGAUAGAGUCAUCAAAAUUGUUGCGCCUAAAAAAAUUGCACUCGGUUCAGCUGAAAGUGAUUUAUCAGCUCAAAUGGAGAAAUUAAAUGCCAAAAAGGCUGAAUUGCAGGAAAUUCUCGAUAAGCUUCAAACAUUAAAUGACAGCUUUGCAGAGAAGUCAAGGGAAAAGAAACGCCUUGAGGAUGAAAUAGAUAAUUGCGAGAAGAAAUUGGUGAGAGCAGAACAACUAAUUGGUGGUCUUGCUGGUGAGAAGCAAAGAUGGUCCGAAAAUGCAGCUAAUUUACACAAAAGUCUCGGUAAUGUUGUUGGCGAUGUUCUUCUUGGUUCUGGAUGCAUUGCAUAUUUAGGAUAUUUUUCAACCGAAUUCAGAAGUAAAAUUUUACGUGAAUGGAAUCGAUUAUGUUUGGAAAAACGACUGCCAUGUACAGAAAAAUUCUCUCUUGUCAACAUUCUCGGAAAUCCCAUGGAAAUUCGACAAUGGUCGAUUUGUGGAUUACCAUCUGAUACAUUUUCAAUUGAAAACGGAAUUAUUGUUGCAAACUCACGACGAUGGUGUUUGAUGAUUGAUCCCCAAGGGCAGGCUAACAAAUGGCUCAAAAGUUUGGAAAAGGGAAAUGACCUGAAAGUCAUUCAACAAACUGAUGCUAAUUACACCAAAGUUCUCGCAUCUGCCAUCACAAAUGGCAAGCCAGUUCUCCUUGAAAACAUUGGCGAGACGAUUGAUUCUGGCUUUAAUUCAAUUUUAGAGAAAAAUGUUUUCAAUCAAAAAGGACGACAGAUGAUGAAAUUCGGAGAUGGUCUAAUCGAGUACAAUGAUAACUUCCGAUUUUACAUCACCACAUGCAUGAAAAAUCCUCAUUAUUUACCUGAAACAGCUGUUAUGGUCACACUAUUAAACUUUAUGAUAACUGAGCAAGGACUUCGUGAACAAUUACUGGCAACUGUUGUCAUCCAAGAACGUCCAGAUCUUCAACAAAAAAAGGAAUCUUUAAUAGUUGAAUCCGCAAAGAAUCGUAAUGCACUCUAUAAUGCAGAAACCAAGAUUCUUCAAGUUCUCUCAUCAUCCGAGCAAAACAUAUUGGAAGAUGAGAAUGCUAUAAAUAUUCUAACAUCAAGCAAAGCGCUCUCAGAAGAUAUUCAGGCAAAACAAAUCAUCGCAAUAUCAACAGAAGUUGAAAUCGAUACAGCACGACAAGAAUACAUUCCCGUUGCGAAACAUUCAGCAAUUUUAUUCUUUUGCAUAACUGAAUUAUCAAAUAUCGAGCCAAUGUAUCAAUAUUCAUUGACAUGGUUCUUGAAUCUUUUUAUAACAAGCAUCAUAAAAGCCCCGGCAUCGGAGAAUUUGGAAGAGCGAUUGGUGCAUUUAAAUGAAUUUUUCACACGCUCAAUAUACGAAAAUGUCUGUAGAUCACUUUUUGAGAAAGAUAAAUUAGUAUUUUCACUUUCACUUUGUAUUGGAAUUUUAACUGCACGCGGUGACGUUGAUUUAUCACAUUUGACAUAUUUCUUAACGGGUGGAGUCGCACUUGAUAAUUCCCAUCCAAAUCCCGCACCAGAAUGGAUAUCAGAAAAAUCAUGGAACGACAUUGUACGUGCUGGAGCAUUAAAUGAACUUAAAGCGCUGCAUUCACAUGUCACAGCAAAUUCUGAAAAAUGGAAGGAAUUUUAUGAUUUAGCAAAUCCUGAGGAAGAGAAAUUUCCUGAACCAUUUGAUAAUGUCACAGAUUUUAUUGCAUUAAUUCUCUUGAAGGCACUGAGACCUGAUAAAAUUGUCAAUGCUGUUAAAAACUUUAUUGUCCGACAUAUGGGAAAGGAAUUUGUUGAGCCACCAUCAUUUAAUUUACAAGCAUCAUACAAUGAUAGUAGUCGUACCAUUCCAUUAGUUUUCAUUCUAUCGCCUGGAUCUGAUCCAAUGGAUAAUUUAUUGAUGUUUGCUAAAGAGUAUGGCAUGGUAGAUAAAUGUAAAUCAAUCUCACUUGGUCAAGGUCAGGGAUCACGUGCUGAAAAAUUAAUAGAAGAUAGUGCACGUUUAGGUCACUGGGUAAUUUUACAAAAUUGUCAUGUAGCAGAGUCAUGGAUGAGUGAUCUAGAACGCAUAUGUAUGGAUUCACAGAACCUCGAAGCAACAGCACAUUCAAAUUUCCGUCUAUGGAUCACAUCAUAUCCAGUUAAAACAUUCCCCGUUGCUGUACUACAAAAUUCAGUAAAAAUGACAAAUGAAGCGCCAAAGGGUUUACGGCUUAACAUGCUUAGAUCUUUCAAUUCAGAUCCAUUAUGUGAUGAUGAAUUUUAUUCAUACUCUUCGAAGCAUGACGAUAAAAAAGUUUGGUAUCGUGGAAUAUUUUCUCUCGUGUUCUUCCAUGCAGUCAUACAGGAAAGAAGAAAUUAUGGACCUUUAGGCUUUAACAUUCCAUAUGAAUUUAAUGAAUCGGAUUUAAAAAUUUCUUUGAUGCAAUUAAAGAUGUUCAUCCAACAAUAUGGUCAAAUUCCAUUCGAAGGACACAAAUAUUUGACUGGCGAAUGCAAUUACGGUGGUCGUGUGACUGAUGACAAGGAUCGUCGAUUGCUCAUGUCAUUGCUCGAUAAAUUUUAUAAUGAAGAUGCCAUUUCGGUUGACAAUUAUGAACUUGCUGACUCGGAGCUGUAUCAAAUACCUAUGAUGCCUGACAGGAACAACAGUAUUGAAUACAUUAUGUCAUUGCCAUUAAUACCAAACCCAGAAGUUUUUGGGCUACAUGCUAAUGCGGACAUAACGAAAAACUUUAAUGAAACACAAUGUCUUUUACAAGGAGUUUACAUGACACAAACACAAUUGAUAUCGUCAUCACUUAAAGUUAGUGAAGAUGGACAAGACAGCGAUAUAGAUCCGGUUCUUACUUUAUGUCUUGACAUUGAAAAACGUUUGCCUGAAGCAUUCGAUGAAGCUGCUGCUAUCGAAAAAUAUCCUAUCGAAUAUACAAAUUCCAUGAAUACCGUUCUCUGUCAAGAAUUGAGUCGUUUCAAUAAUUUGCUUGCUUACAUAAAAGUAUCAUUAAAUGAUAUCCGGCGUGCGAUAUCAGGACAAAUUGCAAUGAUUCCGGAAUUGGAAAAGGUUCACAAGUCAAUGUCACAGGGAAAAUUGCCUGCAGCAUGGGCACAAAAAAGCUAUCCAUCACUGAAGCCACUCGGAUCGUACAUUAAUGAUUUCCUUUUAAGACUGUCAUUCUUUCAACGUUGGCUUGAUGAAGGCGAACCGAAUGUGUACUGGAUGAGUGGCUACUUCUUUACACAAUCAUUCCUGACUGGCGUUCUUCAAAAUCAUUCAAGAAAGAAUAAUCUACAAAUUGAUUUACUUCAUAUGAAAUUUGAUGUCACUGACUAUGAGAUGGAAGUGGAACAUAGUAUGGAGAUGGGAGUUUAUAUAAAGGGAUUAUUUUUGGAAGGUGCAAGAUGGAACCGAGAAUGUCACAUUCUUGAUGAAUCCUUCCCGAAGAUUUUAUUCGAUGCACUUCCUGUUAUAACCAUGACACCAACAAUAAAGUCACAGGAACUGCUUGAUGAGGAACGGAAGAAAUAUGAUUGUCCAAUUUAUAAAACGACAGAGCGUCGAGGAGUCUUAGCAACGACAGGACAUUCAUCCAAUUUUGUAAUGUUCAUUCAACUAAGCACAGACAAAGCUCCAAAUCAUUGGAUCAAUCGUGGUACUGCUUCUAUUUUGAGCUUGAAUGACUAAAAAAGCAUGAAAGGAAAAGCUCCUCCUCGUCUAUUAGUAGAAAGACAUAUGAAGACAUACGAACUGAUUUUUUUGUAGAGCUUGCAAUUUUUCUUUAGAGUGGAAUGAAUUUUCUUGUGACUGAUUUUUUUUUUUGGAAAUAAAUUUAAAAUUUUGUUUUUGUGAG